AUGAAGGCUGUUUCUCUCCAGGUCCUGUUUGUGCUGAGGGUCUUGUGCCUGGUGACCCUGGCUGGAGGGCAACCCAAAGCAUCUCUGAAGUGUUCAAGAGAGUGUGGCCGUUUUACAUCCCAGAUAGCGGUGAAGUGGAUAAGGAGCUACCGCAGGACAGAACGCCACUGCCCCAAAGAAGCCAUCAUAUUUAUUACUCUGAAGUCCAUGGAGAUUUGUGCAGAUCCGAAGGCAGAGUGGGUUAAGAAGAUCAUACAGAAACUAGACAAGGAAAAGGCCACAGCCUCCCUGCUUCCACCUGAUGCUGACUCAGCAGUGGCACCAGAAGAGCCCGGUGUUUUUCAGAAACAUGUUGGUCUUACAGUAACAGCUCCAUCUCAAGCCACUGCUCCAACUAGUUUCUUCCAAGGGACUGGCACAACACUUUUGGAGAGAAUACAUGUUCCUGCUGCCCAGACGGAGGCAUCCAACAAGUCCCCACCAGCCACACAGGACACCACCCAGCUCCCUGCAGGAUCGUCCCCCAUGAUACGGGAAGUUGCUGCCCACUCUGAAGUCACUUCACAACCAAACAGAGAUUCCUUAAUAUCUCCUGCACCUUCAACAACUUUUGCAGCAGGCAUGGUCUCCAGCCAGCCCACCCCAUAUCCCAUGUCUCUUGUGCAUGGCUUUGACAAUGCUGUAGGAUUUGCAGAAGAACUUGUAGGACAUACUGCGAACAUUAUGGCUGCUGUUCAAGACACGUCUUCUCCUAGCUCAAAUUCAGACCUUGUGGCCAUUACUAAAGGAUCAGACCAUCCUCUACUUUCUACAAAUAAAUCCCGAGAGCCUACAAGUGCAAGAGCCAAUGCACCAGACACUGCUUCUAGCAGUCUUAGUUCAGAUCUUCCUUCCAUCCUGGACAGCAUGGAGAUCACCACAGUCCCAGCCACACCAGUUCCACCAGAGACUACUUCAGUUUCUACUCUAAACUCCACUGCCAUAGACAAAGGCCCUUCUGUUGCUACCAACAAGGUUGUCAGUUCCUCUGCAGAAGCUUUUGGUACUAGAACAUUUGAUUAUUCAUCGCCUGUAGGAAAGCAAGAGCCUUCAGAUACGUUAGUUUUGACUAGUCAGGCAUUCUCAGACCAAGCCAGAGUGCAGAUGCCUACAGAAAGACCGAGCGAUCUGCCUCUUCCCAGCUUCUUAUCAAGAUCUCAAAUGCACUUUGUCAUCCCAGUUGCUGUGGUAGGUGGUCUGAUGGUUCUCAGUGUUGCUGUUGUAUGGCUGUAUCUAAAAUUUGGAGUCAAAACAGAAGAAAUGUCAAGAGAAAUAGUACAGGGCUUGCUCUACCGGAAGCAGGGACAUCAGAACAAUGUCUGUCUAAUGGAAGUAAUCUGA